GCGUGAGAGACGGUGAGACCGGACAGCAAGGUUCCGUGAUCAGAGGACUACACUAUAGAAUAGAAUUGAAAUAGAAUAGAAAUAGAAAUAGAAUCUGACAGGUCUGUGGAGGUAUUGAGGAUCGUAAACAGGCGUUCCUGCCCCUGUGAGGCCCGUGUGUGGAUGUCCUGCUGCUGUCCCGCACUGUGACCCCUGAAUCUGCCCCUACACCUGUUCGGAUGUGCUUCUGCUCUGUGUGGAUUAAAUCAGACAAGAACGGGAUUAAAACUCAAUUACCGGCACCAUGAAGGAGAAAUCACGGACAGCGGCGAGGACGCGACGAGAGAAGGAGAACAGCGAGUUUUACGAGCUUGCCAAAAUGUUGCCGUUACCGUCGGCCAUCACGUCCCAGCUGGACAAAGCGUCCGUCAUCCGACUGACCUGCAGCUACCUGAAGAUGCGCGUGGUGUUCCCGCAAGGUUUGGGGGAGGCCUGGGGUCAGGUGGGUCGAAUCAGAUCUUUACAUAACACGGCCCAUGAGCUCGGAUCCAAUUUUCUACAGGUAAUAAUCAGCAAGAUGCUCCAGACGUUAGACGGGUUUAUAUUUGUGGUCGCUGCAGAUGGAAAGAUCAUGUACAUAUCUGAGACGGCGUCAGUUCACUUGGGCCUCUCGCAGGUAGAGUUGACCGGGAACAGUAUUUAUGAAUAUGUUCAUCCAGCCGAUCAUGAUGAGAUGGCCGCGGUUCUCACGCCACAGCCGUCAUACCACUCACACUUUGUCCAAGAGUACGAAGUGGAGCGGUCAUUCUUCUUGAGAAUGAAAUGCGUUUUGGCUAAAAGGAAUGCAGGACUGACGAGUGGAGGAUAUAAGGUCAUCCACUGCAGCGGGUACCUAAAGUUCAGGCAGUUCAGUUUGGACUCCUCUCCGUUUGACGGCUGUUUUCAGAACGUGGGUCUUGUCGCCGUGGGACACACGUUACCGCCCAGCGCCAUCACGGAGAUCAAACUGCACAGCAACAUGUUCAUGUUCAGGGCCAGUCUGGAUAUGAAGCUCAUUUUCCUGGACUCAAGGGUUUCAGAGCUCACAGGAUAUGAGCCACAGGACCUGAUUGAGAAAACCCUGUAUCAUCAUGUGCACAGCUGUGACACCUUCCACCUGCGCUGCGCUCAUCACCUGUUACUAGUUAAAGGGCAGGUCACCACUAAGUACUAUCGUUUCCUGUCUAAGCAUGGCGGAUGGGUUUGGGUCCAGAGCUACGCUACAAUCGUGCACAACAGCCGCUCUUCGCGGCCGCACUGCAUCGUCAGCGUCAAUUACGUCCUCACGGAUACAGAAUAUAAGGGAAUGAUGCUGUCUUUGGACCAGUUGAAUCCCAGAAAACCUGCGUUCCCGUACAGUAACCAUAGUGACCGAGAGGAGCGACCGAAGGGCAAACCAAAAGUGUCAAACGCCAGGAGUAAAAUCUUGGUUUCUCCUUAUCCACAGUUUUCAGCCUUCCACCAUGAUCGCUCAGAAUCUGACCACGACAGCCAAUGGGGCGGGAGCCCUCUGACAGACUCUGCCUCUCCGCAGCGACUGGAUCAGAGCGAGGCGUCAGAACCCGUUUACGCUUACAGACACGUUCCCGAGUCCGGUCCGCUGCGUUACGGCCUUUCUCAGGGUGACAUGAUGCAUGCGGCCUCACACACCUGUCAGCAAACACACACACACGCCGCGCCGUGUGACCCGCAUCCUGCCCGCUGUCAGGGCGGGCGUUACGUCCUGGAGCAGAGCGGGCGAGAGUGCUGGUGGGAUGCCACGCGUCCUGUUCCGGCUCUUACGAAAGCAACACAACCCAACGGAGGAGAGUUUGACGACAGAACUUACCAUCACUCUCACGCUCACUGGGAUGACGAGCAAAUGGCCGAUUCUCCCGAAGAAGGGUCCCUGGAUGAUUCCGGAGACAGUUGCCAUGACAACAGGAUGUUUCACGCUAGCCUGUGGGAGUCCGAUAAAAUCAAAGUGGAGGACGACAGAAUGACGGACCGCCCCUUCUCCUCCGCUCCUGGCGUGGUCUGCCGAGCUCCCGGCGCCCACCUCAUACUGUGUCGAGAUGCCAUGACAACAGGUUCCCAUGGCGACGAGGAUGGAAGCCCCGCCUCUCUCUCGGGUCUGAGCAGUCCGGGGUCAGACAGGCUGUCUCACGAGUACCGGCGGCCGCUGUCGGUCUCUCCAAACGUGGGCGUCCAGGCGCAGGGCAGCCCGCUGCUGUAUCACCCCCAAGACAGGGAGCCCGUCACUGGGCACGCACGCUCGGGCCGACCCCUUGCCGGAUGCAGCCUGGAGCCACUCAAUGGGGCGGAAAGCGGGAGGGGUUUUCCCGCUCAUUAUGAUUCCACCUCACACGAACACUUGCAGAUGAACGCCACACACGCCCACAACGGCACAUCAGUCAUUAUCACCAACGGCAGCUGACUGGAACACUAGGAAAACUGUUGGGAAUUCCAAACUACCAAGAACCUCCCACUUUUAAUCAGUAGAUGACAUGUAUGGAUGUGUUUACAUGACAGUGUUCUGGUUUUGUUUAAUAUUUGAAGUGAAUCUUGCUUUCAAGAACAUGAUAAACCCCAAAGUCAUUUGCAUUUCUCCAUUGCGGCAUUCCUGUAAUUUUCACGACAUCUCAGCACAUUUAAUGACUUCAUUUAUACAGCAUUUAUACAUCAUGGUCUUAAAAGUUGAUCUUAAAGGAUUAUUUUAGGUUCAAAACAAGUUAGUCUCAAUCGACAGCAUUUGUGUCAUAAUGUUGAUUACCACAUAAAAAAAAAAAAAAAAUUCAAGUCGUCCCUCAUUUACUUAAAAAUAGCAGUUCCAGUGAGUCACUUCCAAUGCAAGUCAAUGGGGUUUAAUCUGUAAACAUUAAAAUACUUACUGUUAUAAAAGUAUAAACACAAGACAUAAACACUGUCAUUAAAUCACUUAUUAACCACAUCUGUGUGAAGAUAGAGACGAUUAUACAUCUCCGUUGCCAUGACGACGAAUCACUCAUACUUCAUACUUGCAUUGUAAGUGUCUCACUGGAACACACAUUUAUCAACAUGGUCAUAAAUGCUGUCGAGCAUAACUCAUAUGUAACCCGGAAUAUUCCUUUAAUAAAAAUCAGUGUGUUACAAUCAUUUAUUUACAGUCUAGACGAUGACAACAAUGUGCUAAACUGUCGUCACAAUAAUCUGUCACGAUAGCUCUAAAAAGAGACUUCCUGUAUGCGAAAUAUAACUUAUAAUGUGUUCUCUUUACAAUAAGAUGUUUUAAUGCUGUAUUUAAGAGAUUUAACAAUAACCCCAACCUUAAUAUUAUGCAUUGAAAUUCAAUUCCAAAUACAAAUUUAUUCCAUCCUAAAGUUCAUUUUUAAGGGUUUGGGCACUGGCACAUACUGAUUUUAAGUUAUUUCUGAUAUCGGAGAGCUGAACGGCGUCCGCUGAAGAGCUCUUGACUGGUUUGAGGUUUCCGGGAGAUGCCGUGUGUUCCUGGUUUAAGCAGUCUUAUCAAAAUGGUUUGACUUCUAUUGAUUUCUUGAAACCUUGCUGUGUCUUGUGUUUUUUUGUUUAGCAUGUAUUGCAAAUAUAACUAGAUGCAUUUUUUAUAUGUAUAAA